AUGUCAUAUGGGUGUGGUAGUGUUGGUUUACCAAUUAUUCGAAGAGCUUUAAUUUUUUUUCUAGCAGCAGAAACUGCAUAUGUUUCUUAUGAAUUAGUUUUAAAACCUGGGAUUCCACAUAUAUAUAAUUGUUUAACGAAUAAGGUAACAUUUUAUUUUAUUUUUUUAUAUUUUCAUUUACAUUAUAUAGAUAUUAUUAUAUUUUUAAAAUUAUUUUUCUUAUUUUUUUUCAUUUAG